ACUUUAUUACACUUGCACAUCCAUGUCCAGCGUACAAUUGCAUCACAGCGACCAUCCUGUGAGUAUUAAGCCAGUCAAUACAGGAGCCGAAAUAUCGCUUGUAGACUAUUUGGCCAAAAAGUGUCCAUCGCUCGUUGGCCCCAACGCAUUCUUUCGACCAACCCUAUUCCUUCCCAAUGGUCACUUGCAAACUUUUUGGGCAGCCUACUAUAACGCAACUGAAACUCACAACAAGGUAGAAUACGAAAGGCAACAUGUCGCCACUGAAGACGGAGGUACAUUCACUCUCGACUGGGCACCACCAUUCAGCGAAAUGCCUGUCGACAACACUCCUACACUUGUAGUGCUGCACGGGUUGACCGGUGGAAGUCAUGAAUCCUAUAUUCGAAGCUUACUGGCUGUUGUUACCAAAGCACCAUUCAACUAUCGGGCAGUUGUCUUCAAUGCUCGUGGAUGUGCUAACUCUGAGCUUAAAACACCUAGAUUGUUCAAUGGUGCAAGGACCGAUGAUUUACGUACGGCCUUGAUCGCCGUUCAAGAAAAGCUUGGUACCUCAACGCCCCUUGUUGGUAUUGGAUUUUCGCUUGGUUCAAAUAUUCUUGUCAAGUAUUUGGGCGAAGAAGGAGAUAAGACGCCACUGAUUGCUGGUGUGUCUGUUGGCAAUCCCUUUGACUUUUUAAACUCGAGCAUGCACUUGGAAAGAUCUUGGUUCCGCAAGACAAUCUAUUCUGGAACUAUGGCAGGCAAUCUCAAACGAGCAUUCAAUCGCCAUGCUACAAUGCUAUCCAAGGAUCCAUCAGUGGAUGCAGAAAAGGUCCAAAAUGCCCAAACUAUUCGAGAAUUCGAUGACCUUGUUACCCGUCCAAUGGGCGGCUAUGAUACCGUUAAUGACUACUAUCGGGACGCCAGCUCCAGUGUGAAAGUUAAAAAAGUGCGCGUCCCAUUACUAUGCUUCAAUGCCAUGGAUGACCCUAUCUCACCUGCAGAAUCUAUACCAUACGAUGAAAUUAAAAUCAACCCCAACGUCGUCCUAGCCACCACUCAGCACGGUGGACAUCUUGGUUGGUUUGAAGGAAAUUGGUCACCUACAAGAUGGAUUGUCAAGCCUCUCACAGAAUUUAUUGUUGCCAUGUUUGAAGCCUACGAUGAGCGUGAAGCAGCUAGAGAGAAUCAGCUCACACCUCAGGCGGUCGAUGAUGCUGUUUAUGCCGCCCAAGCCCUAGAAUGAACACAUUUUUAGAUCAAGUAUCAUCAUCAUAUAUAGACUUGGUUGUUUUUUAUGUUAUAUUAUCUCAGUCUAGCGUUGCAUACAUAUCCCACAUCUCUACUUAUCAUUUAGAAUUCACUGCCCAAAUGCGCGCGCCUGCAUUUAGGUAUAUAAAUUUUGUUUCAUUUUCACAAAUA